AUGAAUGUUUGUGGAGCUGGUUGGUUGUUUGACGGAAUUGAGCUGACCAUGAUUAGUUUUAUUGUUCCUCAACUGACUGACGAAUGGUCGUUGUCACCAGUACAAGCUGGAUCUCUGGGAAGCGCUGUUUUCCUCGGUAUGAUGUUUGGAGCAUGGCUUGGAGGAAUUAUCUCUGACAAAAUUGGUAGAAAACUUGUAUUCUGUGGAAGUGUUUUUAUAACAGCAACCUUUGGACUUGCUUCGUCGUUUUCCAAUGGAUAUGUAGCAUUCUUAUUUUUGAGAUUCUUCGUCGGACUGGGCUUGGGUGCGAUGGUUCCUGUUGAUUUUUCGUUAUUCAUGGAAUUUAUUCCUCCAAAGAAUAGAGGUGCAAUUUUGGGAGUUUUGAACAUUUAUUGGAGUGUUGGAGCUGCCUUUGAGUGUUUAAUUGCUUGGAUUUGUCUUCAAGCUGGUGGAUUUAGUUUGGAUACUGGAUGGAGAUGGGUUGUUGCAUUGUCUUCCAUUCCUGGAUUUAUUAUUUUCAUUUCCAGACUUUUUGUACCAGAAAGCCCAAGAUAUAAUCUUUUGAGACAACGUGGAGGAGAAGUUCACCGAGUUAUUAACAGCAUGGCCGAAAUUAAUUGCGUUUCAAAGGAUAACCCUGCUUUAGGAUGGGUCUAUAAAAGAAGUAAAUGGAGAUUGAGAGUACCCAAAAUUGAGAAGCAACUAAAUCCUUGGGAACAAUUGAAAUGUCUUUUCCACAAAGACUAUAUUUUGGGAACGCUUUUACUAUGGCUGAUUUGGUUUAUGAUGAGCUUUGGUGGUUGGGGAUUUAAUUUCUUGUUGCCAAUUGUUUUUGUGAAACUCCAGGACAAUAACGUGUAUUUGAAUACUUUUUGGGUGACUGGAGUUGGUUUUAUUUCUAACAUUAUCACCUUAUUCGUAAUUGAUAGAAUUAGUCGUAGAGCUCUUAUGAGCAGUACAUUUAUUGUGACAGGUAUUUUAACUGCUGUUGUUGGAGUGAGUGAAGAUCCAAUCUAUGUUUUGGUUCUCUCAAUGCUUUCUAACUUUUUCUCUUCCUUCCCUUGGGCUGUUGUUUACACGUACACUCCUGAAUUUUAUCCAACUGCCUUCCGUGCCACUGGUAUGGGUACAUGCUCUGCGUUCACAAGAUUGGCUGGUACAAUUACACCAAUUGUUGGAGAAGUGUUACUGAAAUCGAAUUAUUUCUUCCCAUUCUUAGUUUUUGGAAUUGCAUUCUUUGUAGCUGGAAUUUGUGGUAUUUUCUUGCCAAGAGACACUUUAGGCGUUGCAUUGGAGGAUGUUGCAGGUGAAAGUCAUUUCUUACCCAACUCUAAGAGUCAUUUUGGAGUGGAACAGUUGUCGACUUAUGGUGACAGCGCUCCUCCAUCUGUUGAUGAUUUAACUUCAUCGUUACUUAACGAGGAAAAAGAUCGUAAUGAAGGCUACAACCCUCCUUCCAAUGAGACAGCUAUUAAUGUUUAA